AUGAAUAUUUAAUGGAAAAUUGUGCUUAUAAAUGGAUGUGAACCGAAUUACCAGGAAAAUAUUUGUUAGGAAUAAAUUGAUUGUUCUGAUAAUUUUGAAGAAAUUCAAUGUAAUAAUUGGAAUUACACAUCCAAGCCAUGCCAUUGGGUAGUUCAUAAUAAUAAAUAAUUUUGUACUUAAUAUAAAUGCAGUAGUGUACAGUAAUCGCAAUCAUGUUCUGGAACUCGUAUUGGAUCUGAAUUUUGUGUUGAAAUAAGCGAUUCUGUUUGUUUAUCAUGCGAAGAGAUUUCUGAUUCUUGUGAUUGUCUACAAUAGUCUAAAUACUGUAGUUAUGAUAUUGUGAAAGAUAAAUGCAUUUCUAAGAGCUGUGAAUCUUAUUUAGCUUAAGAAGAAUGCCCCCCAAUUUAUUGCACAUUUAUGAAUGAGAAAUGUUAAAUUUCAUGUGAAUUUAUAUAUAAAGAAGAAUUAUGUCAAUAAAUAGAUAAAUGUGAAUGGAUAGAAGCAAAAAAAAAAUGUCAAAUAGAAUGUUCAAAUAUAUAAGAAGAAUAAUAAUGUUCAUAAGUAUAACUGUGUUUUUGGGAUUAAUAUAAAUAAAACUGCUAAAUUAAAUAAAAUAUUAAUAUUGUAGUUGAAAUUUAUAUUUAUGGAGAAAUAAUCGCAGGCCUAAUAAUUUUAAGUCUAAUUUUUGUGUGA